AUGGAUGCCACUCCUCAUAGAGCGCUGUUUUUAAAAAAUAGUGAAUUCGAACAACUUAAACCUAAAAGUAACGUAGCGAAACCAUUGGUUACUGGAUUAUCAAGGCCUCUGCCAAUUAAGCAGGAACAUACUGAUGACAAUGAUAAUGAAAUAAUGACGACAACGGAACUAACAUCGGAAGCACAGAAAACGGAAAUACUACCAUCAAUUAUGUCUUUUUCGGCAAAUAAUUCAAUAGCAGAUGAUCGUAAACAAUUAUAUUCAUUGACUGGAAGGAAAGAUCGAAAAGCGCAUACAAAGAGACGAUAUGGUCGUUAUCGUCACUGUUCCAUUGCACGUUGUUUUUAUGCUGCUGUGUGCUUGUUGUUGUUAAUGGGGGGUAUUACGGCAUUAAUUUUUGCUCUUGUUUUAACGAGAAAAACAGAUAUGACAUCAACAACAAUAUCUACAAUAAUUGCUUCGACAACAACAACAAUUACUUCAACAACAACUACGACGUCAGCAACUACGACGUCAGCAACAACGACGACGACAACAACGACGACGACAACAACGACGACGACAACAACGACGACAACAACAACAACGACGACAACAACAACAACGACGACGACAACAACAACGACGAUGACAACAACUACGACGACGACAACAACGACGACGACAACGACUACGACGACGACGCAAAGUAAUCUGACGUACCUUAGAAUAUGAUUGCUAUUUUAUUAAUCUUUUUCCGUUUAUUGUAGCAAGUACAACAACAUCAAGUAAGCCGCUGUGUACACUUCUUUUCAUACUCAUGGCAAUUCUGAAGCAACAAAGCUGAAUAUCUUCCCUAUUAAAAACCUUAUCGAUGUUACAGUAUAACCAAGGAGAAAUUGGCGAAAAAUACUAUACUUCUAAUGUGAUCAGUGACUUCAUCGCUAUUAUAAUACAAUCGCACAGGACAAUUACUGAUAAAAUAUUGGAACAAUUUACACAUUCUAGAGAAGAAGAUAGGGAGACAAGCUCGAUCGAGUUUACAAAAAGUUAAAUAUUAAAGAGGUGGAAACCCGGAGAAAAGGUUUUACUAUAUAACUACCUGUAUGCUUGAUUUGUUAGGUUUAGCCGAUUGGCGUAGGGAAAGUCGAUGCGUCUUGCUCGCUAGAUGCAAGUAUACAUGAACCGUGACUCUUGGGUAUUGUAAGCACUGGGUAUUGGUGGUCUGAUGUAUUGGAUAUUGUCUUUAUAUUAUGCACAAGAUAUUUCUUUUUACUGUUCUGUCAGUGGUAUAAAAUAUAGGCAAAAAAACAUAUUUUCAAAUUUCGUAUUCAGGUCGCUUCUACUUCUAAGACACAGUCCGCCAGUGUAUCAACCACGGGUGAAAAGACCGAAAAGAUCUAAAAUUAUAUUUUAUUUUAACUGUGUUGAUUCGAGAUAGGCGUGCACUGGUUAUUUUAUCGGGAUUCUCGACGGUAAAAAUCACUACCGCCGAGAACCCCGAUAAAAUAACCGACGCAUGCCUAAUUCGAGAGAACAUGAAAUGUUACUUAAAAAUCCAAGUUUUCACACCUUAUAACCUUAGAAUAGGUGUGGUUACACCAUAUAACCUCUAAAGCUCUGGAUAUUGCACAGUGGGCAUUUCCUCAUAGAGCAGGCGGCAUUUUUUGCCGACAUAGUUUUUUUGAAUCCAAAAGCACUUUUUUAUAGGUUUUCGCAUACGGUAUUUCCAGCAGUGUGGCAAAGGUGAGUCGUG